CACUCCCAUUCCAAACCUCGAGCUCGACACCGCCGACGACGGGCACGACCACAAUGGCGAGCACGGGAAUGCGCAAUGUCUCCAACCCCCUGCUCUUCGAGUCUGCGUGGGAGGUCGCUAACAAAGUCGGCGGCAUCUACACUGUCAUCAAAACCAAGGUACCCGUCACAGUCGCCGAGUAUGGCGAUCGCUAUACCCUGAUGGGUCCCCUCUCGUACAAGAGCGCGCCGAUGGAGGUCGAAGCCGUGUACCCGGUCCCGGAAGGCUCCGUCCCGAAGGAGGAGGUCCCGCCAGCGGUCAAGGACACUCUCGACUCUAUGCGCGCCCAAGGCGUCAAGUCCCUCUACGGCCGAUGGCUCAUCGAGGGCUCGCCCAAGGUCAUCCUCUUCGAUACCGGCUCCAUGUAUCACCGCCUCGACGAGUGGAAGGCCGACCUUUGGAACCUCGCCGGCAUCCCCACCCCUCCCUCCGACCAUGAGACGAACGAGACGAUCGUCUUCGGCUACCUCGUCGCCUGGUUCCUUGGCGAAUUCGUCGCGCGCGAGACGGACAACGCGGUGAUCGCUGCCUUUCACGAAUGGCAGGCAGGGCUCGCCAUCCCGCUUUGCCGGAAGCGUCACCUUGAUCUUACCACCGUGUUCACCACCCAUGCGACACUCCUCGGUCGUUACCUCUGCGCCGGGUCCGUCGACUUCUAUAAUAAUCUGCAGUACUUCGAUGUCGACCACGAAGCUGGGAAGCGCGGCAUCUAUCACAGAUACUGCAUUGAACGCUCCGCCGCACACUGCGCGGAUGUGUUCACCACCGUCUCCCACAUAACGGCCUACGAAGCAGAGCAUUUACUCAAGCGGAAACCUGAUGGCGUCGUUCCUAACGGCCUGAAUGUCAAGAAAUUCCAGGCGAUGCAUGAGUUCCAGAACUUGCACUCGACUUCCAAGGAGAAGAUCAACGAAUUCGUUCGCGGGCAUUUCUACGGCCACCUUGAUUUCGACUUGGACAAUACUCUCUAUUUCUUCACUGCCGGUCGCUACGAAUAUAGGAACAAGGGCGUCGACAUGUUCAUCGAGUCCCUCGCGCGGCUCAACUUCCAGCUGCAGAAGGCUCAAAGCAAGACAACGGUUGUUGCCUUCAUCAUCAUGCCCGCAGCCACCAAUUCGUACACCAUCGAAGCACUCAAGGGUCAAGCCGUCACGAAGCAAUUGCGCGACACCGUCCGCGAAAUCGAGUCCCGUGUCGGUCAGCGACUUUUCGACCACGCCAGCCGAUUCCAUGGCGGCACCAACAUGGCCUCCAACGCGCCGAUCCCAACCGAGAGUCUUCUCUCCGAUGAAGACAUGGUGCUCCUGAAGCGCCGCAUCUUCGCGCUGAAGCGCAACUCGCUCCCGCCGAUAACGACGCACAACAUGGCGGACGACGCGAACGACCCCAUCCUAAACCAGAUUCGGCGAGUGCAGUUGUUUAACAAUGCUAGUGAUCGGGUCAAGAUCGUAUUCCAUCCCGACUUCUUAAACGCGAACAACCCUAUAUUGGGUCUCGACUACGAGGAAUUUGUGCGCGGCUGCCAUCUUGGUGUCUUCCCCUCGUACUACGAGCCCUGGGGCUACACGCCUGCAGAGUGCACGGUCAUGGGUGUUCCCUCAAUCACGACGAACCUGAGUGGCUUCGGCUGCUUCAUGCAGGACCUCAUCGAACGUCCCGCCGACGAGGGCUGCUACAUCGUCGACCGGCGAAUGCAAUCCGUUGAGGACUCGGUCAACCAGCUCACCGACUGCAUGUUCGCGUUCUGCAACAAGACGCGGCGGCAGCGUAUCAAUCAGCGCAACCGCGUUGAACGCCUGUCCCCUUUGCUGGACUGGAAGAACUUGGGCAUUGAGUACUCGAAAAGCCGCAUGCUGGCGCUUCGGCGCGCGUAUCCGGAUGCGUUUUACUCCGCUGAGGGUGAAGGCACCUUCGACGAUGUCGGCGACUACUUCAGCGUCGAGCGAGCGACGCUCUCCGUUCCGGCUUCACCGCGGCUGCGCGGCGCUGCGACACCCGGUGACCUUGGAACGCUUACGGAGGAGAUGCAGAGUUUGUCGACCAGCGACUAUCGCGGUCAGGCUUGGCCCAGUAUGGAGGACGAAGAGGAUUCGUACCCCUUCCCUCUCGUCAUGAAGGUGCGCUCGCGGUCCGGCUCCGUCAUGAGCGGCGCGAGUACACCCGGCGGCGGCGCGUUCCGCAGCCUCAGCGAAGGCGACCUCGAACGGGCGGACGCGGCGCUGAGCAAGGUGAAUGGACGCGCGGAGUAAUCAGCAAGCAAGUACAAAUGUUGCGCAGGAGAGCCUGGUUUCCUGAAGGACGUGAGUAUCGAACGACGACUGCCGCAAGACAUGGCGUAUAUCCGGAGAACGUAGAAGGAAGCUGCGGCGCGCACGACAGCCUGCCAUAGAGCCCGGCUUGAUAUUGAAGAAGGCGGGAGAGGAAUGAUGUAUUGUGGUGCAUAAGACGGAGUGCUCAGUACAUACGAAUUGUUGUUGUCCAUACGCCAAUGUGUAUCGCUACGAAUGAGAUGCUCGCCUUACGCUCCA